AUGGCGCCGAGGAAGAAGCCUACAGCUUCUGCGAACAAUGCCGCAACUUCAAGUUCUGGCUCGUCUGCUCACUGGACCGUUGAAGAGACCUCCCGCCUCAUCGAAUAUCUCAUAAUUCAUCGUGCAGAAGGUGGAGAUGGCGUCAAUUUCAAGCAGACAACAUUUACAGGUGCAGCAGAUCAUCUACUGGAGCCACCAGACGGCAUCGCGAAGGAGAAAUAUGUAGCAAAUAAUAGGGAUGGGCUGUCUUGUAAAAACAAGUGGAACUCGUGCAAGAAAAAGCAUGCCGCUAUUGUCGACAUCAAAUCGCAGUCAGGCUUUUCGUGGGAUGACGAGUUGGGUGCGAAUAUUGGUCCAGCUGAUGCUGCACGAUGGACAGCAUUUGCAAAGACACGUCCUGAUACAAAGCCAUUUCGCAACAAAGGCUGGAAACACUUUCAUGAGGUGGACGAGCUCAUGCAUUCGCAACUCUCAUGUGGCACCAACUCCUUUCAUGCUGGUCAAGAAACCUUCGAAUCUGGACAGGCGACUCACGGCGAUAAUCCAACUCACGGCGAUAAUCUGACUCACGGCAAUAAUCUGACUCACGGCAAUAAUCUGGUGGAUGAAGAAAUACCUGAGGAUGUUGCUUUGAAGGAUGAUGGGCCUGUUGACUUGGUGCACGGUGACUUGGUGGAGCAGGUCGCAGGUGUUGAUGGUGGGGUGGCGGUUGACAGAGAACCAUUGGUGGUGGAGGGUGACGAUGACGAUGAAGAUGAUAUCAUUCCCUGGGAAGCAACUCCUCCACCAGUUCCUGUCAAGCGCAAGUUCAUAGCUGCGUCUUCGAUGACUCCAUCACUCACGGCUUCUGGGUCUGGCACCUCUGCUCCAUCAUCAAAACGCCAGCGCGUCAGUGGACCGUCAGCAGCGCUCUAUGCGAUCAACGAUCAAUUUGCUGAGUUCACCGACGUCUUUCGCACAACUUCACAAUCACAAUCCUCAUCUACCAUCACACAGGCACUGGUAGUAUUGUCACCUCAGCGCAAGCAGGCAGCCAUGCGGCGUGCACAGGAGCUAGAGAAGCACCUCGACGAUGAUAGUAUGGCGGCGCUUAUUGAAGCGUUUCAGAUGGAUGUCAGUGCCGCUGAUGCCUAUAUGGUCAUGCUUGAUGACGGACCGAGGAAGUCUUUUGUCAACCGAAAAAUCAAACAUAUUAACUGGCAGGUUCUAUAG